AGUAAAACAGUGGUGAGGCCGAAAUGUCACCAAAAACGUUUUGUCGAGAGAAGUUUUCUAGAUAUCCAAUUUUUGAUCAUAAUUUUGCGAGCAAAAUUUUAAAAAGUCGAUCGUUCCUCGGAAACUAGUAGAUAUAAAAGCUGUAUUAAGAAGUAUAUGAAGCAUCACUUCCUUUGCAAAAGACUGCACAAGAGCGUCAGAAGCCACUUUCCUUGAUAUGAGUAGUGUGGACAGCAACUGUGUAUCAGAGGCUCAGAACAGUUGUCCUUGCAACGUCCGCACAAGAACCAUACAUCCAAUUGAUGUAAAAAGGAAAUGUUGCACAAUAUGUGAAGGUUAUACUGAGUUCACUGAUAAAUCACUCGAAAGACAUUUCAAGUCGAAGCAUCCAAACGUUGCGGUGAAGUAUGAUUUCGUAAACUCCAUGCUAUUUGUCGAGUGCAGUUCCUGCAGGGUGAAAAUUAGGAGAAAAAGGUUUGAGAAACAUAAAAACAAAGCCCACGCUUGUCGUUGUACUGUUAACGAUAACGGGAAAGCUGUUAAUGGGCACAAGUCACUCGAAAAUGAUGUCCUUCAAAACCAAGAACAAAACACAGGUCAAUCCUAUGAAGAUCCGUAUGCUAUUGAUUUACCAAAUUACUUCUGCAAACUUUGUAACGUUGGACCACUGCCGGAAAACUUAAUAAGAAAGCAUUUUACACGCAAACAUAACAAUAUUCCUCCUGAUUUUGAAGUAAAACCCGGCAAACGGGUUAAAUGUAGCAGUUGUGGAGCAAAACUGUGUAAAAAAAAAUUCGACAAGCACAAAACUAAAGUUCAUCUGAAAGGCUAUCAGCUCAAUUCGAAAAAUUCCGAGGAUUUUGAUAGACCUGAUGCAAAUGAUAUGAUGGUGAUAAAAUGCAACAUUUGUGGAAAGGAAUGCUUAAACGAAAAAAUUCUGAAGAAACAUUUUGCAAAGAAGCAUAAAGGAAUUCCAAUCGAAUUUAUUGUCGAAAAAUCCGAUAAAUUUGUACGAUGCAGCGCAUGCAAAAAUCAUAUCACAAAGGCACGUUUUACUGGACAUAGUCACAGACGUGCGCAAGGCCCGGCUCUGGUCAAUAUUGGUAGUGUAAAAGUGUUGCAGCUUACGAAUUUGCAGUUGUGUCAGAAAGGUCAAGAAGCUGAAAUAUCCAAAUUCAAUCAUCCAUUGGCUAAUGAAAAGUUUGAAAAGGACAAAUAUGUAUUGCAAGUGUACAGGGAGCAUAAAAAUGCACACACAGAAGCACCGAUGCUAUUUGGAUGCAGAAUCUGUGAGGAAAAAAACAUUUUGGAACAAAAUAAAAUGAAACAUCAUCUGGAACACCACAGAACGAAUUUGAACCAGCCAUUUCAAUUGAAUGCUUUAACCGAUGACUUCUAUCUUUUGGAUUCGGGAACGAAAAACAAAUUGGUUAAAUUAAGAUGCACGAUCUGUCAUAUGCAAUUUAAUAAAAAUCAUUUUCAAAGACACAUGCGAAGAGCUCACUCCAAAUCCAUAGCCAUUAGUGCGAAGAAGGAACCAUUAACUGGGAACCAGUCAGAGAAUUUACCAACUGAAACACUUCCAGUCGAUAUUAGCCAACAACUCAUGGCUUUCAAGGUAUAUAAAUGCUUUGCUUGUGAUGCUCAUGACAUUUUGGAACCGAACCUUGUCAAACACCAUGUGAAGAGGCACUUUGAGAUUCCCAUUGAAAUCAACAUUUUCGAAGCCACUGGUAGAGUAUUGAGAGAAAGAUGCGGCAUUUGUCAAAAAUUCUUUCCCGAAGGCCGUGUGGAUGAGCAUAAGAAGCGUUCCCACACAAAGCGACUCGUUGAGAUUGGUCCAACCAAUCCAAUUGCCGACAUUCGAGGAUGUUCUGAAGCUAAAGAUUUUAAUAGAACACGCAUUCAACAUACGGAACCCGUUAGUACAGAGCUUCACAAGUGCGUAAAGUGUAAGGCAGUGGUUUCAAAAGACAACAUACAGGUGCAUCGCAAAAAUCACAAAGUUUCGAAAUCGGAAAAACUGUUUCAGUUGAUUGGAACUAAGAACGUUAUCAAAUGUACGGCUUGCCUAAAAUUUAUCGAACCGGAAACGUUCACAGAGCAUAUUAAACAACACAGAUCGUUAAUAUUCGUUUCGGUUGAUGGAAAACCGCUACUGCAUCCGGAGCCAGCGAUUAGGCAAAAAGUCACACAAAAACCGUUCUUCACACAUCCAAACUCUGAACAUUUACCAAAAUAUCGAAAAAUUUACAAGUGUCGCAUCUGUAAAAUCACCAAAAAGAAGGAUAUAUUUAUCGGCGAUACCAGUCUGGACGGAAUAGAAAUCCAAAAACAUCCAAGAAAGCAUCGGAACGACUCCAUCGACGGCAAUAUUUUUCGGCUAAUCACGGUCAAAGUAAAGUGCAAUAUGUGCGACCUGUACAUGAAAGAAAAAUGGGUGGAAGGACACAUGAAAAAAGUACACAGCUGGAACUACGAUCUGAACUUCACCCAACUCUACAAAUGCGGCUGUUGUGAUGCUCAUGGUAUUUCGAAGCGAAAUUUAGUGGAACAUCAUGCCAGAAUGCAUAAUAUUCCGAUAGAUCGUAACAAGUUUAAAGUACACGCACUCAAACAGAAGAUAGUGUGCGAUUGUUGCGGAAAACGGUACAUGGAAGGUAGACCGAAUAAGCACAAAUUGAAGUCGUGUUUGCAACGAGCUAACGCUGUUAAUAUGGCUUUGGAGGGACGAAUGGUCUACAGAGAUGAAAAAUUGGCGGGCGAGGAUUGUUAGUUAACGCUAGAACGAAGCUAGAACAAUACAUUUUUGUACUUUUGUUUUUACUCAUAUUUUUUACGGACUGUUUUUUGUAGAUAAAGAACAAAUGAACCACUGUAUCAAAUGAGUUAAAAUAAAG